UCCUCCCGGCCCGGCCGCGCUGCCCCCGCCCAUGAGGCGGCCGGGGCCGCCUUCCCGACAGCGGCAGAAGAUGGCGGCGGCCGCGGGCUGGGCGCUGCUGGCCCUGGCGCUGUGUGUGAGCGCGGCGGCCGCGGCCGGCGAGCCCGAGGGGAAGCGGCGGGCGGGGCCGCCCAAGAAGAAGGACAUUCGGGACUACAACGAUGCGGACAUGGCCCGGCUGCUGGAGCAGUGGGAGAAGGAUGAUGACAUCGAAGAGGGAGAUCUCCCUGAACACAAGAGGCCUCCAGCACCAAUAGAUUUCUCAAAAAUUGAUCCAGGCAAGCCUGAAAGCAUCCUGAAGCUGACCAAAAAGGGGAAGACUUUGAUGAUGUUUGUCACGGUGUCGGGAAAUCCCACAGAAAAGGAGACGGAAGAAAUUACCAGCUUGUGGCAAGGUGGCCUUUUCAAUGCCAACUACGAUGUGCAGAGGUUUAUUGUUGGCUCCAAUCGGGCCAUCUUUAUGCUCCGUGAUGGUGGCUACGCCUGGGAGAUCAAAGACUUCCUGAUAAACCAAGAAAGGUGUGCAGAUGUCACUCUGGAAGGUCAGGUUUAUCCUGGCAAAGGAGCAGAUGAAAAUGAGAAAGGGAAAAACAAAACAAAACCUGAAAAAGCAAAGAAGAAAAAAGAUGCAGAGAAGAAAUCUGAUAGCAUUAAAGAGGACAACCGGGCGACCAAACAGAGAGAAGAGCUAUGACGGACGCGUUUCCCAGACUGAACCCUGCUCUGCUGCUUCUUGAAGGGAAUCUCCUUAUGAGUCCUUGGUUUAUUGGGGGGUGGAGGGGAGGAAGCAGAGACUACUGAGGUUUAAUU